AUGAGUCUCCUGUCAUGGAAUUGUCGAAGGCUUGGGAACUCUGGAACAAUUCUAAUCCUUAGGAAAAUCACUAAGGAAAAGUGCCCCAACUUAGUUUUCCUUGUGGAGACUAAGUCCAAUAAGACUAGGAUGGAAACAGUAAGACAAGCUCUCAAGUUUGAUGGGUGUUUUGUAGUUGAAAGUGUGGGCCUAUGUGGAGGAAUAGCAAUCCUAUGGAAGGAAGAAUGGCAAGUCAGAGUUAUUAAUUAUACUAAAUGGCACAUCAGUGCCAUGGUCAUGGAUAAAACUGAUUGUAUACCCUGGCAAUUUAUUGGAUUUUAUGGACAUCCUGAAACAGGCAAAAGAAAUGGGAGCUGGGAAUUAUUGAAGAUACUGAAACCUGAACCAAGGAUACCCUGGGUGUGUGCAGGUGACUUCAAUGAAAUACUACACCAGAGAGAGAAAGUAGGAGGUCAAGGCAGGCCCUACAAACAGAUUGAGAAGUUCAGACAGGCCUUAGAACAAUGUGGUAUCCGAGAUCUCACAUACUCUGGCCAAAGGUAUACAUGGUCCAAUAAUAGAAGGGGGAAGGGCUUUACAAAGGAAAGGAUUGAUAGAGCUAUGGCAAAUAAAGAAUGGUUGGAGCUAUUUCCAUUUGCACUGUGCUAUGUACUGGCAGCAGUUAAGUCAGACCACUCACCCCUAAUCAUCUCCAUACUUCAUAACAGUGGAGGGGGAAGUAGGAAACAAAGAAUCUUCAGAUAUGAGGCAGCCUGGGACCUCAGAGAAGAUAGUGCACUCGUGCUAGAACAAGCCUGGAAAAGGAACGGAAUGGGAGGUGAUUUAGCUGAAUCAUUGAGAGAGAAGCUGGAAUCCUGUCAAAAGGGACUAACCAGGUGGGUUAAAAGUCACAACCAGGAUGAAAAAAAAAACCAUUCGAACCUGGACCAAGAUCAGUAG